AUGAUUGUAAUAUACGAGCAUGUCUGCAGUUAUCAUGAGUCUCUGGAGAUUGACCCGUUGGACACAAACAACUGGCGCGUGAUACUCGGAGAGCACGUGCAGUAUCGAGAGGAAGGCACGGAGCAGAAGCAUUCCUUGGACAAGAUAGUCACACACCCUAAGUACUCGCGUGCGAAUGAGGGCGUGGAAUUACCUCACCAUGCGAGUCUUCAGAUCGUGCCCAAUUCCGUCUGCGCCGAACGCUACGAUGUUUCUCCGGAAGACCUCGAUGUUUCUCCGGAAGACCACGAUGGCGACUCGGGCGGUCCGCUAGCGUGCUUCCAUGACGGCCACUGGAUCCAGGUGGGCGUGGUCAAUUCAGGCAAAGAAUGCGCCGGCAACCCACUGUACCCCUCGUUCUACACGCGUGUAAAUUACUUCUGCGACUGGAUAGAGAAUCACGGUGCCUAUACCACGUGA